GGGCCGGGGCUCCGGCUGGCCCGGCGGUGACGGGUGCAGUGAGUGAUUGGCGGCCCGGCAGAGUCCGCCCCUCGGCUUGGGGCUGCGGGGCGCUGGGCGCGGGGCGGCGCGGCAUGCCGAGGCUGGGGUGCGCAGCUACCACCGCUGGCCAGCGCGGGCUCCUGCUCUGGUGGCCUCUCCUCGUCUCGUAGUGCCCGGCCUGCCCGCCUCCGGAGCCGCCUCUGCCCACGGAUGGGCUGGGGAAGUUGGGAGGAGCGAGCCGGAGCCCUCGCCGGGCGCGCCCCGCCACUGCCUGACUCGGCGCCCGCAGUCCGGGCGCAACGCGCCGGCCGCAGGAGCACGGAUGCCCCCCGGAGCCGCUGGCUGGCAGGUCUUGGGUCCUGAGGCUGCCGGCAGACUAUGGGUACAACGGCCAGCACAGCCCAGCAGACAGUCUCAGCGGGUGCCUCCUUUGAAGGCCUCCAGGGCAGUGGCGCGAUGGACAGUCGGCACUCACUCAGCGUCCACUCCUUCCAUACCCCGGGCUUGCACAACAGUAAGGCCAAGUCCAUCAUCCCCAACAAAGUGGCCCCGGUUGUGAUCACGUACAACUGUAAGGAGGAGUUCCAGAUCCAUGAUAAGCUGCUCAAGGCCCACUACACGCUAGGCCGGCUCUCAGAUGCCACACCUGAGCACUACCUGGUGCAGGGACGCUACUUCCUGGUGCGGGACGUUACUGAGAAGAUGGACGUGCUGGGUACUGUGCAGAGCUGUGGGGCCCCCAACUUCCGGCAGGUACGGGGCGGGCUCGCUGUGUUUGGCAUGGGACAGCCCAGCCUCCUGGGAUUCCGGCAAGUCCUCCAGAAACUCCAGAAAGAGGGACACAAGGAGUGCAUCAUCUUCUGUGUGCGGGAGGAGCCUGUGCUGUUUCUGCGUGCCAAUGAGGACUUUGUGCCCUACACACCACGAGACAAGCAGAAUCUUUGUGAGAACCUCCAGGGCCUGGGGCCCAGGGUCCAGGCAGAGGACUUGGAGCUGGCCAUUCGAAAAGAGAUCCAUGACUUUGCCCAGCUGAGUGAGAACACAUACCACGUGUACCACAACACUGCAGACCUGCUGGGGGAGCCCCAUGCUGUGGCCAUCCGGGGCGAGGACGACGUGCAUGUGACUGAAGAGGUGUAUAAGAGACCCCUUUUCUUACAGCCCACCUACAGGUACCACCGCCUGCCCCUGCCCGAGCAAGGGGCUCCCCUGGAAGCCCAGUUUGAUGCCUUUGUCAGUGUCCUCCGGGAGACCCCCAGCUUGCUGCUGCUCCACGAUGCUCACGGGCCUCCGCCUGCUCUCAUCUUCAGCUGCCAGACGGGUGUGGGCAGGACCAACCUGGGCAUGGUCCUGGGUACUCUUAUCCUGUUUCACCGCAGUGGGACCGCCUCAAAGCAAGAGGCUGUCCCGCCACAGUCCAGGCCACUGCCCAUGGAGCAGCUACAGGUGAUCCAGUGCUUUCUGCUCACGGUGCCUCAGGGGAGGAAUAUGGUAGAGGAGGUGGACAGAGCCAUCACUGCCUGUGCAGAGUUGCACGACCUGAAGGAAGUAGUUUUGGAAAACCAGAAGCUGGGGGGCAUCCAGCUGGCGAGCCCAGCCCAGGGAAGUGGCAGCCAGCCCAGUGUCCGGCAGAGGGCGCUGCGGAGCCUGGAGCGAUACUUCUACCUGAUCCUGUUUAACUACUAUCUCCACGAGCAGUACCCGCUGGCCUUUGCCCUCAGUUUCAGUCGCUGGCUGUGUGCCCAUCCUGAGCUGUAUCGCCUGCCUGUGACACUGAGCUCAGCGGAGCCUCUGGCCCCCAGGGACCUCCUAGCUGAGGGCUCCCUGGGGGCGGACGAUCUCGUCUCCCCAGACGCACUCAGCACUGUUAGAGAGAUGGACGUGGCCAACUUCCGGCGGGUGCCCCGCAUGCCCAUCUACGGCACAGCCCAGCCCAGUGCUAAGGCCUUGGGGAGUAUCCUGGCCUACCUGAUGGACGCCAAGAGGAAGCUGCAUCAGGUCGUGUGGGUCAACCUGAGGGAGGAAGCGGUGCUGGAGUGUGAUGGGCACACCCACAGCCUGCGGCAGCCUGGGCCCCCCAUGGCUGCCGAGCAGCUUGAGAACCUGGAGACCCAGCUGAAGGCCCACCUGAGCAUGCCUCCCCCAGGCGCAGAGGGCCCACGGACCUCCAGGUUCCAGACGUGCCUCACCACACAGGAGGUCUUCAGCCAGCACCGCAGGGCCUGCCCUGGCCUCAUCUACCACCGCAUCCCUGUGCCAGACUUCUGCGCCCCCCGAGAGCAGGAUUUUGACCGGCUGCUCGAGGCCCUGCGGGCUGCCCUUGCCAAGGACCCAGGCACUGGCUUCGUGUUCAGCUGCCUCAGCGGCCAGGGCCGGACCACGACUGCCAUGGUGGUGGCUGUGCUCACCUUCUGGCACGUCCGAGGCUUCCCCGAGGUGGGCGAGGAGGAGCUGGUGAGCGUGCCGGAUGCCAAAUUCACCAAGGGCGAGUUUGAGGUGGUGAUGAAGGUGGUGCAGCUGCUGCCUGAGGGGCUCUGCGUGAAGAAGGAGGUAGAUGCCGCCCUGGACACCGUCAGUGAGACCAUGACACCCAUGCAUUACCACCUUCGGGAGAUCAUUAUCUGCACCUGCCGCCAGGCCAAAGCAGCCAAAUCGGAGCAGGAGGCCCGGAGGCUGCAGCUGCGGAGCCUGCAGUACCUAGAGCGCUACAUCUACCUGGUGCUCUUCAACGCUUACCUCCACCUGGAGAAAGCCGACUCCUGGCAGAGGCCCUUCAGCACCUGGAUGCAGGAGGUGGCAUCAAAGGCUGGAGUCUACGAGAUCCUUAACCAGCUGGGCUUCCCUGAGCUUGAGAGCGUGGAGGACCAGCCCUUCUCAAGGCUGCGCCACCGGUGGCAGGAGCAGAGCCACUGCCCUGAGCCCUCCGCUGCGGGGGACUUCCUGUAGCUGGCCUCUGACCCUGUCCUACUGCAGGGCCCUGUGCCGGUUGGGGUCGAGGUGCUCUUCACUGGGGGUGGCCCUGAGGAAACAGAGAGACUGGGUUGGGGUUGGGGCUCCUUUUUUGAAAAAGCUUUUUCUAGGACAGUUGGCGCACAGUCAUACCUUGUGAAUGACAGGUGUGUGGACGACCUUCAGCAAGGCCAGGUGUGAGCGAGCACCUUGCAGCUGUCUGGUGUCAGCGCUCCAAGGGGCUCACUCCCCAGGUAGCCAAACAAAGCUCCUCACCACUUCCGUCGCCCCCUCACCCCUCUCAGCGCGGUUCUGACAGCCCUGGGUGGUGUGCAGAACAGACUCCGCCAGCCAGUGUUGGUUUCCUUCUCUUUCCCUCUCGCUGCUUGACCGCUGGAGCACUGUCCUCAGGCCCUCGGCUCCCUGGGGAGUGGGCAGGGCUCUGGAUGGAUCUGUUUCUUUACGUGCAGCUUUGCCCAGUGUUCUUGCCUCUAAUGAGCCAUCUCCAACCUGGAGACUUCAAGGGUGACCACAGGGCCUAGAGGGUCUGGCAGAGGCCUCUGCCUCCCCUCUUCCCUCCCCUCCCCUCGCUCCUAUCCUGGGGCUGACAGGACUGCGGAGGUUCCUGAGGAGCUGGAAACAUCAGGGAGUCCCUUUCAGGGGACGGAAGAGCUUCCGGAAGGUGGAUGCAGCCUUGCAGAAGAGGCCUGUUGCAUUUCCCUGGGAGCCCGGGCAGGGGGUGCCAAGGAAGCCAAAUCCCCCAGUCGCGGGUGCCCCUGUACCUCCUCGCUGCUCCGCCAGCCCAGGGCGGCCCCAUGUCCCGACCCGCUGUGACAGGAGCCCUGAGGACUGCUGGGCGACCCUGGGUGAACAGUGGAGAGUGUGAGGGUGGGCUAAGGAGGAGAGCUCCCUGGAUUCCAGCCACCCUUGCUGAGGACCAUUGUGAGCUGCCUUCCGGAGGGAGCAGAAGGGGCCAAGUGCUGCUGAGCUAGAGGCCAGGGGGUUCUGCUCUGUCCGCAGUGGGGAGGCUGCUGGGAGAGGCAGGCAGUGUUGAGUCCUGUAGCUCUUCUGCUGACAUCCAGGGGCUGAGCAGUGUGUGGCUGUCCACCUGGCUUGGCUCCUGGGGCCAGGGAGGCCUGUCUUUGGUUGGGUGUGUGAACUUCUGCAGAAGGAGAGGUGGAUGUGUCACUGGUCAUGAUAUUUGAAAAAUGGGAGAGGAGGCUGGAGUUGUCCACUUGUACCUAGUAUUGGAAAGGGUUUGGCCGUCUUGGCUGAAUUCAUUUGCAGAACUACUGUAUUUCUGUUCACUACCUUUUCAGAUUUGUUGGUUUUGUUUUACUUUUGCAUGUAUUAAAAAAUUUUAAUUUCUUUGCAGACAAGAUCUAGAUGAGGGGUCAGAGAUGAGGGCUGAGCUGGGAAGAUCCUUCAGUUUUCACAGUUGGCCCUGACUUUCACCUGUGCUGGGACCACUGGCCAGUCACUCUGCCGCUCUGCCUCAGUUUCCCCAUCUGUAAAAUGGGAGAAUAAUACUUGCCUACCUACCUCACAGGGGUGUUGUGAGGAUUAAUUUGUGAUUAUUAUUUUUUUUUGUACAGAGCUUUUGAGCAUUAAAAGCACCUAAAUGUGAA